CCGCUGGCACGAGUGCAGGGUAACUGAGCCAGGGCCGCUGGCGCAUUUGGCCGGGCCGAGGCCACCCCGCGCGGCCACUCCACCGCGCCUGGGGCUGCCCCGGAGAUGAGGCCGGCCCACCGGGACCCUGCCCGCUCCCGGGCGCCGGGCGGACUCUGGGCAAGAUGAAGUGGGUGUGGGCACUCUUGCUGCUGGCGGUGCUGGGCAGCAGCCGGGCGGAGCGCGACUGCCGGGUGAGCAGCUUCCGAGUCAAGGAGAACUUCGACAAGGCUCGCUUCUCCGGGACCUGGUACGCCAUGGCCAAGAAGGACCCCGAGGGCCUCUUUCUGCAGGACAACAUCGUCGCCGAGUUCUCCGUGGACGAGACCGGCCAGAUGAGCGCCACGGCCAAGGGCCGAGUCCGUCUUUUGAAUAACUGGGACGUGUGCGCAGACAUGGUGGGCACCUUCACAGACACCGAGGACCCUGCCAAGUUCAAGAUGAAGUACUGGGGCGUAGCCUCCUUUCUCCAGAAAGGAAAUGAUGACCACUGGAUCGUCGACACGGACUACGACACGUAUGCCGUGCAGUACUCCUGCCGCCUCCUGAACCUCGACGGCACCUGUGCUGACAGCUACUCCUUCGUGUUUUCCCGUGACCCCAACGGCCUGCCCCCGGAAGCACAGAGGAUCAUAAGGCAGCGGCAGGAGGAGCUGUGCCUGGCCAGGCAGUACAGGCUGAUCGUCCACAACGGUUACUGUGAUGGCAAAUCAGAAAGAAACCUUUUGUAGCACCUUCAAGAAUCUAAUUUCAUCUGAACUUCUGAUUAGCUCUCAGUCUUCAACUCUAUUUAUCUUAGGAGUGUAAUUUGCCCUUCUCUCCCUGUUUCCCCUCAGUUCCCAUAAAACCUUCAUUACACAUAAAGAUACAUGUGGGGGUCAGUGAAUCUACUUGCAGGCAAAUGUCUAUCUUUCCUGAAAGUUUCUGAGGCUUAGGAUUCCAGACUCUGAUUCAUUAAAAUACAGUUACCUGUGUCCUA